AUGAUGUAUUUUGUUGAAGGAAUUGCAACAGCGAACAAGACCAAAGUCGGAGAGCGUUUGCCAUGGGUAUUCAAUGGAUGGAGCCUGCCUCGAUCUAUUGAAGUUGAUAGCAUGCUGGACGAAUGGUUGAUAUGCGGAAUCAAAGUCACCUGGAACACAAAUAGCAGUCAGACAUUAGAUGUUUGGCGGGUUUCAGAUGUCAAACCGAGUGUGGAUGGGGAUAAUGAGGUUGAUCUGCACAUUGGCCUCUGGGUCGAACGCGAAGUGCUUGAGCAGAUGGCUCCUUCCUUGCUUGAAAGUAGGUGCUUCGAGAAUAUUCAAAGCAUGGGAAAGCUGAUUCAGUUCGAAGAUCCUAUUACCGAUUUUAACAAACUUCCACUGUCCAAGAGAGAGGCUGGCAUGAAGAGUGCUGGGCACAAGAAGAAGCAGGCCAUGCAGAGUUCUAAGCCGCUACGUCGUUCGGUCAAAUCAAAAAAACUUCAAGCACGUAAGUGA